AUGAGUGAACACCACCACCAGUACGGACUGCCAGAUCUCCGGCAACUGGUGGCCGGAAGAACUCAUUUUCAAGGAACCCAACAAGGGAACGAGCCAUUCUUUGUUCAAAGUAGGAAUCUUGCACCACAAACACACCACUUUGAGUCCAUUAUGGUUGGUCAUGAAGCAAUGUUGCCUAGUGGUUUGGUCAAGCUUGGUGGGCAUCAUCAGGAUCAUUAUUGCACCAAUGCCACUAAUAUUAAUACCAAUAAUACCACAAGUAGCGCUACAAUUGGUACUAGUAGCUCAGCUGGUGUUGGCACACUAUAUGGAGUAGAAAUGGAGAGUGCUACUACUGCUGGGUGGAUUGGAAACGAUGGAGGGAAUAACAGUAGAUGGCCAAGACAAGAGACUCUUACUCUUCUUGAGAUCAGAUCUAGGCUUGAUCCCAGGUUCAAGGAGGCUAAUCAAAAAGGUCCAUUAUGGGAUGAGGUUUCUAGGAUCAUGGCUGAGGAACAUGGGUACCAGAGAAGUGGCAAGAAAUGUAGAGAGAAGUUUGAGAACUUGUAUAAAUACUACAAGAAAACCAAGGAAGGUAAAGCCGGGAGACAAGAUGGGAAGCACUACAGGUUCUUUAGACAGCUCGAAGCCCUUUAUGGAGAACCAAGCAAUCAAGCUUCAGCCUCAGAAACCCAUUUUGUUAACAACACUCUUCUUUACCAAACUCCAAUGAGCAACACAAUCAACCAAGAAAGUCAAGAAACAUUUCAAGAAAACAAGCACAGUGAGAGUCUGAGUUUCUCCAACACAUCUGAGUUUGAGACUUCCUCGUCAGAAAACAAUGAUGAUGACCUUUCAGCUAUUGCUUAUAACAUGAUGAACCGAUCAAUGGAAAAGCAGAAAGGGGCAAAUGAAAGCCAAAGUCUUGCAAGGCCUAAAAAGAGUUGGAAAUCAAAGGUUAAGGACUUCGUGGACUCACAAAUGACGAAGUUGAUGGAGAAACAAGAUGCCUGGAUGGAGAAAAUGUUGAAGACCAUUGAAGAAAAAGAGCAUGAAAGAAUUUGUAGGGAGGAAGAGUGGACAAAUCAAGAGUUGGCUCGGUUCGAUCGGGAACAUGAAUUUUGGGCUAAAGAGAGAGCAUGGAUUGAAGCUAGAGAUGCUGCAUUAAUGGAAGCUUUGAAGAAACACACAGAGAAAGGGGUAGAACUCUCGUCAUCGAUCGAGCAAAUUGCCGUAACAGCUCAAAGGCAUAACAAAAACCAGGACAGCACCAGUGCUAAAAAGAUUCAGAAAGACAAGUUUAACAACAUUACAUGGUCAGAACCCGAGAUUCUAGGCUUCAUACAGCUCAGAACUUCCAUGGAAUCAAGAUUCCAGGAAAGCGGGUAUUCAAAUGAAUGCCUCUGGGAGGAGAUAGCAGCAGAAAUGGCUAGUUUAGGCUAUGACAGGAGUGUGGACGAGUGCAAGGAGAAAUGGGAAAGCAUGAACAUCUACUUUAACAUGACAACAGCAGAGUCUAACAAGAAGCGCAAAGAGGAUUUAAGGACCAGCAAUUAUUUCCAGCCACUUGAAUCCUAUAAUGGCAUGAAUUCAUCACCUUCUAAUUCUUAUGUGGGUAGUCAAGUGAAUGAUAACAGCUGCUUUCAGGUUGAAGGAGAUCAGCAUUUGUGGAAUACUAAUAAGUUUGACUUGAAGCUCAACAAGGAGAAGAACCAGCAAGUUUGGCACAAGUAA